ACGGCAGGAUCCGUGCUUUGUUUCCCUUGGGGCAGGGGAGGAAGGAUGGAGGGAAAAGUUCAAGCUGUCCCAUGGCGGCAGACACUUCUUGCUGGCCUGGCAGGGCAGGAUGGUUCUGGCGAUGGCCCUCGUGGGCUCCGCCUCGCCCUGAGCCUUCCCCCGGCGGCGGGCAGGUCUGUGGAGCUGGUCCUCCCACGGGUGCCGGCGGAGGAAGGGCGUGCGGAGGGGCGCGGAGCGGGGCGGGGCCGUGCCUGCUCCCGCCCCGUGACGCCCCGCCGGAAGCGGGCGCGGCGGGGCCGCCGGUGCCGGUGGCGGCGGUGCCGCCAUGGAGUUCCCGGACCUGGGCGCGCACUGCUCCUGGCCGGCCUGCCAGCGGCUGGACUUCCUUCCCCUCAAGUGCGAUGCCUGCGAGCAGAUCUUCUGCACCGACCACAUUGCUUAUGCCCAGCACGAUUGCACCUCUGCCUACAAGAAGGAUGUGCAGGUCCCAGUGUGUCCCCUCUGCAACACCCCAGUCCCUGUGAGGCGGGGGGAGAUGCCUGAUGUCGUGGUGGGUGAGCACAUUGACCGUGACUGCAAGUCUGACCCCGCACAACGCAAGCGCAAGAUCUUCACCAACAAGUGUUUGAAGCCUGGCUGCAAGCAGAAGGAGAUGAUGAAGGUGAUCUGUGACCAGUGCCACAAGAACUACUGCCUCAAGCAUCGGCACCCCCUGGACCAUGACUGCAGCGGGGCAGGGCAUCCCCUUUCCAAAGCAGGGCAUGCUGCAGUUACCAGAGCCCAGGCGUCUUCCUCCAAAAUAGUCACCGCAUCAAGCAGCGGGGCUGCCCGGCCAGCAGACAGCUCCUCUUCCCUGGCCUGUGCCAGGGGAGGCAGAGCAGCUGCGGCGCAGACUCGCAGCACCUCCCCUCCAGCUGUCAUGCUGCAGAAUGGGCUGAGCGAGGAAGAGGCACUGCAGCGAGCUCUGGAGAUGUCCCUGGCAGAGUCGGCACGCAGCUCAGCACAACAACCCAGCAGCACACAGGAGGAGGAGGAUCUGGCACUGGCCCAGGCACUGUCAGCGAGCGAAGCCGAGUACCAGCAGUCGCAGCGGCAGGCACACGGUUCAAAGCCAUCCAACUGCAGCAUGUCGUAGGCAGGUGAGGCAGGGUGUGCCAGCAGACACAGCAUCCUGCUUGUGACCCGAGGAGUGGCUCUGGCCUCCCGCAUGGAUGCCGUGGGGUUCUGGCCUGGACACUGCUACCAAGAGCCCCUUGCCAAGGACAGCUCAUCUCCCUGGGAGCUGUAAGCAACCAAAUAUACACUGACACUUCAGCCCUAGUACCUAUAUAAAAUUAGUGCAGCGAAUUGCUGAUGCUCCUGGGGAGGUGAAGAGUGCACAGGACGGAGCUGGGUGCACACUGACCAAAGCAAGCAGCAGCCCAGGGUCUGCACUUACCUGUAGUUGCCACGGCCAUGUCCCAGUACUGCUGGGACUGUGGGGUGAGGGCAGAGCUGUAUGGGGAUGUCUCUGCAUGCUCAGACAUACAGCUGGGAUAUAGCUGCCUUCUGUAUUGGGGGGCUGGAUUCCGUGCUCUGAGGAGGGCUGUGCCAGCCCCUCAGCAAAGAGCAAAUGUGGCUGGGAUGGUCUCUUGCCUGGGCAUGGCACAGCUGAAUGUGCAGCCUCCCAGCAGUGUGAAAGCAGCCCCUUCCCUGCUCCCCACACCCUCGGUGCCUCCCUGCUGUUUGCAUGUACAAGAGCACGUUGGGCCUUGCCCUGCUGGGCUGGGGCACAAGACCUCUCUGAGACUGAAUGGAGCUGCAUUUCCUUUCUGGUUUAAUAUAAUAAGUAACCUUGGCAGUGA